AUGAAGGAGAGCAGUGAUGGGUUUGUGAGAGCAGAUCAGAUUGAUCUGAAGAGCUUGGAUGAGCAGCUGGAGAGGCACCUCAACAGGGUCUUGACUUUGGAGAAGAGCAAGAUCAUGAGAGACCCAGAAACCAACAGCAACAGCAUCAACCUCUCCACCUCCAAUUCCACCACCUCCACUUCUGCCAUGACCCUUUCCAUUCCCAAGCGCCACAGGCAGGACUGGGAGAUCGACCCCGCCAAGCUCAUCAUCAAAUCCGUCAUUGCACGUGGCACCUUCGGCACCGUCCACCGUGGCAUGUACGACGGUCAGGAUGUCGCCGUUAAAUUACUUGACUGGGGUGAAGAGGGUCACCGGACAGAAGCUGAGAUUUCUUCUCUAAGGGCAGCUUUUACUCAGGAAGUUGCUGUCUGGCAUAAACUAGAUCAUCCUAAUGUUACUAAGUUUAUAGGGGCAACAAUGGGUUCAUCAGAACUACAAAUACAGACUGAAAAUGGUCAAAUUGGCAUGCCGAGUAAUAUCUGUUGUGUCGUCGUGGAAUAUCUUCCUGGGGGUGCUCUGAAAACGUACCUCAUUAAGAAUAGGAGAAAGAAGUUGGCUUUUAAGGUCGUUGUCCAGCUGGCACUAGAUCUUGCUAGAGGGUUGAGCUACCUACACUCACAGAAGAUUGUUCACAGAGAUGUAAAGACAGAGAACAUGCUGCUGGAUAAGACACGAGUAGUCAAGAUUGCAGAUUUUGGGGUUGCUCGAGUUGAAGCUUCAAAUCCUAAUGACAUGACUGGGGAGACUGGCACACUUGGUUACAUGGCUCCUGAGGUUCUCAAUGGCAACCCAUAUAACAGGAAAUGUGAUGUGUACAGCUUUGGCAUCUGUCUAUGGGAGAUAUAUUGCUGUGACAUGCCAUAUCCUGAUCUUAGCUUCUCGGAAGUGACUUCAGCUGUGGUUCGCCAGAAUUUGAGACCAGAGAUACCAAGAUGUUGUCCAAGUUCCCUAGCUAAUGUAAUGAAGCGAUGCUGGGAUGCUAACCCAGACAAGCGUCCGGAGAUGGAUGAGGUAGUCUCAAUGUUGGAGGCUAUCGACACGUCGAAAGGUGGAGGUAUGAUCCCUCAAGAUCAGUCUCAGGGUUGUUUUUGCUUUCGCAAGAUUAGAGGGCCUUGA